AUGCCCCGCGAGAUCAUCACCAUCCAGGCUGGCCAGUGUGGAAACGCAAUAGGUUCUCGCUUCUGGCAACAACUAUGUCAGGAGCACGGCAUCUCCCGUGACGGAAACCUCGAAGACUUUGCGACUGAAGGCGGUGACCGCAAAGAUGUUUUCUUCUACCAAUCCGACGACACACGCUACAUCCCGCGUGCGAUACUCGUCGACCUGGAACCUCGAGUGAUCAACGGCAUACAAAGCGGUCCGUACAAGAACAUCUAUAACCCCGAGAAUUUCUUCAUCGGCGAGCAUGGCAUGGGCGCCGGGAACAACUGGGCUGCGGGCUACGCUGCGGGAGAGAGGGUACAAGAGGAGAUCUUUGACAUGAUUGAUCGAGAGGCGGAUGGAAGUGACUCGCUGGAGGGGUUCAUGUUGCUGCAUUCCAUAGCCGGCGGUACAGGAUCGGGACUCGGAUCGUACCUCCUCGAGCGCAUGAACGACCGGUUCCCCAAGAAGAUCAUACAGACGUACUCGGUGUUUCCGGAUACGGCGACAGGCGACGUCGUGGUCAACCCCUACAACAGUCUACUCACCAUGCGGCGCUUAACACAGAACGCCGACUGCGUGGUGGUUCUCGACAAUGGGGCGUUGUCGAGCAUCGCCUCCGAGAGACUGCAUGUCCAGGAACCUUCUUUCCAACAGACAAAUCAACUGGUCUCGACAGUCAUGUCGGCCUCUACGACGACGCUCAGAUACCCGGGCUACAUGCACAACGACCUGGUGGGGAUCAUUGCCUCGUUGAUCCCCACGCCACGAUGCCACUUCCUGAUGACCGCCUACACCCCCUUCACGGGCGACAAUGUGGAUCAAGCGAAGACGGUUCGCAAAACUACGGUACUGGAUGUGAUGCGCCGCCUCUUGCAGCCCAAGAACCGAAUGGUGUCGAUCAACCCCUCAAAGUCCUCGUGCUACAUCUCGAUCCUGAACAUCAUUCAGGGCGAGGCCGAUCCCACGGACGUGCACAAGUCCCUCCUCCGCAUUCGAGAACGACGCAUGGCGAACUUCAUACCCUGGGGUCCGGCUUCGAUCCAGGUUGCUUUGACCAAGAAGUCCCCUUACCUCCAGAACACGCACCGAGUCUCUGGGCUCAUGCUUGCCAACCACACCAGCGUUGCCACGCUGUUCAGGAGGAUAGUGGUGCAAUACGAGAAGAUGCGGAAGAGAAAUGCAUAUCUGGAGCAGUACAAGAAGGAAGCACCCUUCUCGGAAGGGCUGGGUGAAUUCGACGAGGCGAAAGAGGUGGUCAUGGGCUUGGUCGGAGAAUACGAGGCGGCUGAGAAGGACGACUACCUUGACCCUGAUGCUGGAGAUAGGAAGGCGGAUGGCGCGUAA